CGUCUUUCAGUUAAGUUUCCGAGAUUCCAACCGUGCCAGUUGCCGUGUUUGUUAUAAAGGUAAAACAAUUAGGCUAACAAUAUGGCCAAAACGAAAAAGAACAAGCAAUCCGCCGGGGAAACGCAUUCCAACGGCAGCAGUGAUAAAACGUCGAAAAUUUGGACCGACGAACGUUUCGUGCAUUUGGUCAAUGAUCCUCGGUUUAAAGGCAUCCCGAAGACGGAAAAGAAGGUCAAGAUCGAUAAGCGCUUUCGGUCUAUGUUCGAUGAUGAACGGUUCAACGUGAAGCACACGGUCGACAAGUACGGCCGAAAAGUGAAACAAGGCGAUAGCGAAGAGCUGCGCAAAUACUAUGAGCUGGGUUCAUCCGAGAGUGAGGAAGAAGAGUCGCAGAAUUCAAGCCCGCCAAGUAGGAAAAGCAAGUCAGAGAAAAAGUCGAAACCGGAAUCGAAGAAGGAUGCUGCAUCCGAAGAAGACGACGAGCAGAGCGAUAGUGAUGCGGAUUCGUUGGAAUUGGACGAUGAAGAGAAGGCAAUGGCCAUGACGGACAAAAUGAAGUCCAGAUUGGAGAGUUCGGAAAUCGAUUAUGCUAGAGGAGAAGGUGCGAUCGCAACGGACAGCUCUUCCGAUGAUGACUCGGACGAGGAUGAAGGUGGAGACGAUGAAGUGUUUAUCGAACACGUUUGGGGUGAACUAGAUGCGGAUGCUGAUCGAACGGAUGAAUCUUCGAGAAGAUUAGCACUCUGUAAUGUGGAUUGGGACAGGAUGCGAGCGGUAGACAUAAUGGUUAUGCUGAGUUCAUUUCUCCCCCGCGGAUCAACUAUCCUGAGCGUUACAAUUUAUCCAUCGGAAUUCGGUAAAGAACGCAUGAAGGAAGAAGAAGAACGUGGCCCACAGGAACUGACCGGACAGCAAAGCGAUGAUUCUGAUUCUUCCGAUGAAGAAUUGAACGAGGAAGAAAAAAAGGAAAAGGAAAUCGAACGUCUUCGAGAGUAUCAGCUGAAUCGACUGAAGUACUACUAUGCUGUAGUCGAGUGUGACACCGUUCUGACGGCAGAUAAGCUGUACAAAGAGUGCGAUGGUGUUGAGUACGAAAGUACAGCCAACAAGAUAGAUCUUCGGUUCAUACCGGACGAGAUGGAGUUUGACGACGAACCGAAAGAACAAUGCACAGAACUGCCGGAAGUGGGAAAAUAUGAACCAAGAGUUUUUACCACAACGGCUCUUAAUCAGGCUAAAGUUGAACUAACUUGGGAUGAAAACGACGUUGAACGCAGGGAGUUCAACGAGAAAGUUAGAGCCGGAAAGAUUGAUGAGCUAUCCACGGCAGACUUGCAGAAAUACGUGGCUUGUAGUAGCAGUAGCGGUAGUGAAGACGAUGAAGAGGAAAAGGUAAACGAUAAUUCAGCAAACUCUUCUGUUGAAUCUGAGGACGAACAACCUAAAAAGCUUAAAAAGCAGGAUAUGAUCGCUAAGUACAAAGCUCUAUUGGGAGAUAUUCAAGAGCAGGACGAAAAAGAGAAAAAUGAGAAGGUUGAAAUGGAGUUCACUUGGAAAGUGAACGGAGACAGUGGUCAUGAGUCAAAUGCUGACGAUGAGUCCGAUGGUGAAAGACCAAAAAAGAAAGUAGAUAACGCAAAUCCGUUUGAAAAAAUUCUGGAAAAAACGAAAGAAAAGAAGAAACGUCGCAAAGAGUUGAAAAAGAAAAAGAAACGAGGUGAGCUGCACAGUGACGGCGAAGAAAACGGGGAAUCUUCAGAGGACGAUCUACCGUACGGUGUUGAUUUGAAUGAUCCAUUUUUUGCAAGUGCCUUUGACGAAAAGGAAUUCGACUUGAAAAAGCCAAGCAAAAAAGAAAAAAAUAAGAAGCACACCGACCAGGACCAUUCGGAAGAUGAGGAAGAAGCCGCAAGAAAACGAGCUGAGCUCGAAUUGAUUAUGCAGGAUGACGAGGAAGUCGAAGACAAAAGUCAUUUCAAUCUGAAAAAAAUUCAGGAAAACGAAAUUGAUCUAAAAACCGUAUCGAAGUCAAAGCGGAAACGGAUCCUGAAAAAGACGAAAAAACAAAUCGAAGAACAACGACAGCAGCGGCAGGAUGAAACCGGGGAUGGUUUUGAGAUCGAUGUGGAAGAUGCUCGCUUCCGGGCGGUGUACGAGAAGCCGGAGUUCAAUAUCGAUCCCACCAAUCCGUCGUUCAAAAAAACCAAAGCGAUGGAGAAACUUAUCGAGGAAAAGUUAAAGAAGAGACCGCUCGAGGACAACGAUCUGCCACAAGCAGACAGUGCUGUUGAGGUAAAAAAAGCGAAAAAAGAUGUCAACACCAGCUUGCUGGUAAAAAGCAUAAAACGAAAGAUUGGCAAAUAA